AUGGCAACUCCCGCCCUAGACAGCUCGCCCCAGCGAGGGAUCUCAGUGGCCUCAGGGAACUGUGUACCACUCACGGAGCUGCUGAGGGGACAGGGUCUCACGACCGCGCUGCUGCUGCUGGCGCGGACCACCACUGGAGCCACUCCUCUGCGUAUACCCGCGACCAGCGCCACCGCCAUCUUCGCCGCCUCCGCCGCCUCCUCCGCCUCCGCCACCACCGCCGCCUCCGCCACCACCGCCGCCUCCGCUACCACCGCCUCCUCCGCUCCCUCCGCCACCGCCGCCGCCUCCGCCCCCACUGCUGCCACCGGUACCCCCACCCCCUCCACCACUCCCACCACCACCCCCACUCCCUCCGCCGCCUCCACCACCACCUCCGCCGCCCCCGCGAGCUCCUCCAGCGCCCUUGCCCCCCUUGCCCUUGCCUGUGCGGCGCUUCCCCGAAGGGGCAGACGCAGCACCGACCGACUCAAAACGAACGAGGUCGGCCGCAGCAGCAGAAGCAACAAGGGGCAAGAGGGGGGAGGGAGAACACCCCUCAAAGACAGGGCAAGACGUGCAGCAGCGUCGCGCGUGGCCCACUGGGAGCGAAUAGGGGCGUCAGCAUCAGCAGCAGGGGCAGGGGAAGCGCCAGAGCCCCGCGCGUCACUCAACCUCUCUAUCGACCCUUUCCCUCGCACCCUCUCUCCCUCGCACCCUCUCGCCCUCCCACCCUCUCGCCCUUUCGCCCUCUCGCCGUCUCGCCCUCUCAGCACGAGGACAGACAGCAGCGCGGGCGUUCUCGGAGGCGGCGGGGGUGGGGCGGGGGGGCGCGCGGGUGAGCAUGGCGCUGCGCAGCGGCAUCGUGGGGCUGCCCAACGUGGGCAAGUCAACGCUCUUCAACGCCCUCGUGAGUCCACGCUCUUCAACGCCCUCGUGCGCGCCCCGCCCCGCCCCGCCUCUCUCACCCCGUUGCCCAUUCCCUCCUCCUCCUCAUGCUUCACCCAUCGUCCACUCCUCAACUCCACCUGCGCCCAUGCCAUGCCAUGCCAUGCCGCACACGAGCCACGCGUGUGCACCACCUCGCACUGCCUGCUUCUGCUAGCUCCUAAAUCGCUGCCUUCCUUUCAGCAACCCCACUGCCUGCACUCUGCCUACUUUCCCUCCCGGCAUGCCCAGUGCACGCCGUCCAUGCCCCCCCUGUCGCCUCUACGCCACGCCUUCAUCUCCCGCGUCCUCUCUUCCACGCGCCCCCCCCCCUGUCAACGCGGGCAGGUGGAGAACGGCAAGGCACAAGCAGCCAACUUCCCGUUCUGCACCAUCGAGCCCAACGUCGGCGUGGUGGCCGUGCCCGACCCGCGCCUGGGCGUGCUGUCGGACCUCACGUCAUCAAAGCGCACGCUGCCCGCCACGGUGGAGUUCGUUGACAUCGCCGGACUCGUCAAGGGCGCCAGCCAGGGCGAGGGGCUGGGCAACAAGUUCCUGUCGCACAUCCGCGAGGUGGACUCCGUCGUGCAGGUGGUGCGGUGCUUUGAGGACAGUGACAUCGUGCAUGUGAGUGGCGCCGUCAACCCCACGGCCGACAUCGACGUCAUCAACCUCGAGCUCGCCCUCAGCGACCUCUCCCAGAUAGAGAAGCGCAUGGAGCGGCUGAGCAAGAGUCGCUCCAAGGACCCGCAGGCUCGCUCCCGGGAGGAGGCGGAAGCGGGGGCGUUGGAGCGCAUAAGGGAGGCGGUGCUGGCGGGGGGGGCGGCGCGCAGCGUGGAGCUGAGCGAGGAGGAGGCGCCGCUGGUGGCGCAGCUGUGCCUGCUGACGGCCAAGCCCAUCAUCUACGCCGCCAACGUCGCUGAGACUGACCUCGCUGACCCCUCCUCCAACCCGCACGUGACAGCUGUGCGCCAGCUGGCGUCCAGUGAAGGCGCCGAGUGCGUCGUGGUCUCCGCUCAGGUGGAGGCGGAGCUGUGUGAGCUGGGCGAGGCGGACCGGGUGGAGUACCUGCAGUCGCUGGGCGUGCAGCAGGGCGGGCUGGCAGGGCUCGUGCAGGCCACGUACCGCCUGCUGGGGCUGCGCACCUACUUCACUGCGGGGGAGAAGGAGACGAGGGCGUGGACGAUCCGAGCGGGCAUGACGGCACCGCAGGCAGCGGGUGUCAUCCACACCGACUUCGAGCGCGGCUUCAUCCGUGCCGAGACCGUACGGCCCCUCCCCUCCCCCCCUCCCUCUCUCCCUCUCUCCCUCUCUCCCUCUCUCCCUCUCUCCCUCUCUCCCUCUUUCCCUCUCUCCCUCUCUCCCUCACUGCCUUGCUUCUCCUUGUACCGUGCUCUGUCUCCCCAGGCACCCACCACUAGUGAUUCCUAG